AAUAAAUGAGAAUUGGAGCAGAGAAUGGCAAAUACUUAUGUCACUACACCUGAUGGUUACUGUCUUGCUGAACCAGUACAGUACUAUGAUAUUCUGCCAGAGCAAAUCAACUAUCAGCUUCAUGACACUGAUUUUCAAGAAUCAGCUUAUUGCCAGUAUUCUACCUUCCAGUUUCCAACAGCUCUACAGUCCCAAUCUUUACAAAGUCAUUUCAACACUUACAGCUUGGACCCACAGUUCAGUGGUGGAGAAUGUGGAUUUGGUUCCUAUGAAUUAAAUAAACCCAAUUAUGUGGUUGACCAUGAUGCUAAAGAUGGAUACUCUGGAAUAAAAAGGUCCAGACUCACUCACUCUUCCAUUCGGAUUAAGCAACAGGAAGAACUCUGUGUAGUGUGUGGUGAUAAAGCAUCAGGAUAUCAUUAUAAUGCACUUACUUGUGAAGGUUGUAAAGGUUUUUUUCGACGUAGCAUCACCAAAAAUGCAGUAUAUCGUUGCAAGAAUGGUGGCCACUGUGAAAUGGACAUGUACAUGCGUAGGAAAUGUCAAGAGUGCAGACUAAAAAAGUGUAAGGCAGUAGGAAUGUUGGCAGAAUGUUUGCUCACAGAAAUCCAAUGCAAGUCAAAGAGACUUCGAAAGAACUUUAAACAGAAGAAUAGUUUUUGCUCUAACAUCAAAAUGGAAGAGGGAGGAGUAGACAACAAGCUUGUAUCAUCCACCACUAGAUCUGGAAAAAUUCAGGAGAGCAUGGAACUAACUCAAGAGGAACAUCAGCUCAUUAAUAACAUUGUGGCUGCUCAUAAAAAAUAUACAAUUCCUUUAGAGGAAACAAAGAAAUUUCUGCAGAAGUAUGCAAAUCCUGAACUGAGCUUCUUGCGACUCUCAGAGACAGUGGUCCUACACCUACAGGGGUUAAUGGAUUUUACCAAGGGACUCCCAGGAUUUGAAAAUUUGACAACUGAGGACCAGACUGCAUUAUGCAAGGGAUCAAAAACUGAAGUGAUGUUCCUUCAUGGGGCCCAACUUUACAGUCAGAAAGAAUGUCUUUCAUCAGCUUCUGAAAGUACUAUGAGAGUAUCAGAUCAUUCAGAUCAUUCACUGAAUUGUCACAAUCAGAGUGCUAAUAGAAGUGUUAUUUAUUCUAUGGAAACAUUUUGCAAUGAAGACUGUCCUCCUACUACACUGACUGGUAUUGCUGAAGAAUUUAUUACCACAUUGUUUUACUUCUACAGAAGAAUGAGUGAACUUAAUAUUACUAAUACUGAAUAUGCUCUGCUUGCAGCAACAACUGUGUUUUUUUCAGAUCGUCCAUACCUUAAAAAUAAGCAACAUGUGGAAAAUAUACAAGAACCGAUUUUACAAAUUUUGUACAAAUAUUCAAAAAUUUAUCAUCCAGAAGACCCACAGCAUUUUGCUCGUCUCAUAGGGAGGCUCACUGAACUGAGAACACUGAAUCACAACUACUCAGAAAUACUUAGCACUUGGAAAGCCAAGGACCCCAAAUUGGCUAGUUUACUCUCAGAGAAAUGGAAUUUGUAUUCACAUUGUUGAAAUUUAGAAUGUUGUUGUGGUUUGCCUUAAAACUUUCUAAUUCUAGACUGUUGACUCUAUCAUCAUAGGAUGACUGAUUUGAAAAACAAACAGGAUUGCUAGGUUACCAAUAUAUCACCAUAAAAUGGACAUCAUCAGUGCUCAUCAAAUUUUGUGGAAUAUAGGAUGAACCACUAGAGGGACAUCUAGGAUUCUUUUCAAGAUUUGACUCAAAAGAAGCAAUGACUAUUGUUACUGCAUGGUUCCUUCAAAAGGGAAUAAUGCUAAAUAGAGUUCUUAUCUGAAGAAACUCUACUUUUUUCCUUUAGUAGAAAAAUGGAAUGAAAAUAUAGAUUAUAGACAUGAGAAAGGCUAUCUGGUGGAAACAAUUGUAAUCAGAAUAAAGGUAGUUUGUGAACCUCAUUAAUUAGGCCAGAUUGAUGGAUAAAGAACAUUUUAAAUUUAUUCCUGUUAUAGCAUUUUAUGAAUUAUUAAAGAGGAACAAAACUUUGUUCAACUCUUACCUUUUCUUAAUGUUUUUAAAAAAGAAAUCUUUUUAAGUCCACAUUUUAAAAAUCUGUGAUGGCAAGAUAUUGAAAAAACUUAAAAUGACAAAUCAUUAAAAUGUUUUAACAUACAUUGGGAA